UGCUACUCUCAUAUCUUGAGACAGGGCGUAUCUGGCCUUAGGACUUGAUCACGCUUCCCCUUGGGUAUUCUCAAGAUAUGCUUACGCAAUUGCGAUAGCAGUUGUGCCGCACACGAUGUGGCAAAACUCCCUCUGUUGAGGUGCUAAUGCGCAUGGUGGUAAGAUAAGGACCGAAUUUCCUCACGCCCCGUAACUUUGUCCGAACCAGUCAACUUGAGUAUGGGACUGUCCGUGUGGCACUUUCUCAUUUGGUUAGCCCCGCGUUAGCAUCGUGUCAUAUCAGGUCGGCCGCGAGCAUGGGCGCCUUUCUUCGCUCUUUCAUAGCUUUUCGCUUUCAACUAUCUCCACCACCUAGUGUUACGACGAUAUCUCAUGGGAAACUGUGUCUCCCGUCCCCAACAGCCCUUCCCAGUCUCUCGCAGUUCGUCCGCUGAGAAGUAUCUGAGGAGUGGCAUUCCAGACGGUCUGCCUAUAGCUGAGCCAACAAUUUCUUUUUGGACGAUACCUGUAGCUCCCAUAGCAAAAGCCCAUUCAGAGGAGAAUCUGCCAUCCCAUGCAGAUGUGGUUAUUAUUGGAUCCGGUAUAUCUGGCGCCUCUUUUGCGCGAACUCUGCUUGAGUGCGGAGACAGUCUUCGCGUCGUCAUGCUUGAAGCCCAAGAUGUAUGCUCAGGGGCCACUGGCAGAAAUGGAGGACACAUUUUUCCCGCUACAUAUCAUGACUACGAAGACCUGAAGAAAAGAGUGGGUGAAGAUAUGGCAAAGAAGAUGAUGCGCUUCCGUAAGGCGCACUUGGAUGAGAUUCUGGCCAUUGCUGCAGAGGAGGGUAUCACAAAGUAUACACAGUGCCGUGCCGUCGAGGGUGUCGAUGUGUACUUCGAUAAGCCUACGUUUAAAGAGGCACAGCGAAAGCUGCGAGUAUAUCAGCGUGAUAUGGGCGAGCAUGCAGAUUCAUAUGCCUGCUAUGAGGGCUUAGACGCUCAAGAGAAAUUCCAUCUUUCGCCACUUGCGGUAGGAUGUAUUGCCACGCGAGCUGGUGCUAUACACCCAUAUCGCUUUGUGACGUCGAUUUUAAGCCGUCUUCUUACAGACUACCCUAAGGAGUUUGAGAUUUAUACCCGUGCACCUUGCACAUCAAUCGAUGAGCCCACAUCAAGUUGCCCGUUUUAUACACUUACUACAGCACGCGGGGUGAUUACGACCCCACACGUUGUGCAUCUCACGAACGCGUACGCACCUGCGCUCUUACCCGCUCUCAAGGGAGUUAUCUUUCCCAUCCGAGAAACCAUGACCGCACAAAGGCCUGGGCGUAACCUCCAUGCAAGUACGCUGCAUGGCGGGCGGAGCUUCGUGUUUUUUGAUAGUCCUCGCAAGGGCUUCGAUUACUUGACACAACUCUCAGAAGGCGAGCAUGAACUCAUGUUCGGCGCAGGCUUUGAGUCGCGCACGGAUAGUGGAACUAAUGGCAUGUAUGGCGUACACAGCGCCGCACAUGUAGGUGGUGCAAUGCCAAUCUAUUUUGGAGCGGAGAGCUGGGGUGCCGAGGCCUUACCGGUCACUCCCACAGAUGAAGGUGUAGGGUUGUGGGCAGAGGGACGAGUGAAGGCGAUUUGGAGUGGUCUGUUGAGCGAGUCGGCAGAUGGGAUGCCGUGGGUUGGCAAGGUGCAUGCUGAUGUGGCCGGCAGGAAGGCACCUCCUGUUUCAUCUACACCCUCUACUCUGAAUUCAAAUACGGAGAAAUUGAAGUCAGAUGUCACUGCUGCUCCCGGUGAGUGGAUUGCGGCCGGCUACUCUGGCGAGGGCAUGGUGCAUGCGUGGCUGAGUUCCAAGGCUGUUGCGCUGAUGCUUCUCGGGGAGGAUCUCACGGAGGUGAAGACUUGGCUCCCAGAACCGUUUAGCGUCACGGAACACAGAGUCAAGAUGGCCAAGCGGACUUUCAAGCCUGACGUUGUGCUAAGUGGCAAGAGGGGUGUUUUCAAUCUGUAAUGCUUCCAAAUGUUAAGCGUUUCUUCUGUAGUAGGUACCUAAUCAUGCGCAUGUUACGUUGUUUUGUUGUCCUCUAGUCUAGAGCUCUAUACUCAAUCGAUUUACAUUUAUUUGAUUUGGAGUUCUGGAACCACCGCAAAUGAUUGCAUGAGACCUGUAUUU